AGCUAACUAACGUUGUCUUCAUGAAUAUGUUAGCUGAUUUCACCUCUGUAGAUAAUAACAUGACACGUAUAUGUACCUUUACAUGCUACUUACAAACAAACAGAAAUAGCUGAAGUGACAGAGAGCGUAACAGAGUUCCUGGUCGUUUUUAAUCGGGCUAGCUAACGAAGCUUCUCUGCUAGCUUUCGCAUUUAUAACGCUAGCCACAUUAAUGCUAAUUGUAGCUCAACGGCACGUUAACGAUCGGAUCGUCAACUUUCAUUUGAACAUAUUGUUACACUACUGCUGAUUCCUGCUAAUAACGAGUCAAGAUGGCAGAGCUAACGACACUAGAGAGCCUGCUGGAGAUGGGCUUUGAAAGAAACCGAGCGGAAAAGGCGGUUGCCAACACAGGUAACCAGGGGAUAGAACAAGCCAUGGACUGGUUAAUGGAACACGAGAACGACCCGGACAUCGAUGAGCCAUUUGUGCCUCCUGUGGGGACCGUCCUGGGAGGAGAAGCCGGCAGUCAGUCCACCACAGAGCAGCCGUCACUAGCAGACACCGCCGAAGGUACAGCAGAUGGAGAAGGGAAUUACGAUAAUGAUGACACAAGUGCGAGGAUGCCAAUGUCAGAGGAGGAGAAACUUGAGCAAGUUAGACGGCUAGAAGAGCUGAUGCGGGUGAAGCAGGCGGAGAGGCGAGAGCGAGAGCGGGCAGAAGAGUUGGAGCGGGAGAAGCAGCGGAGGAGACAGGGCCAAGAGCUGCAGCAGAUUCGCCAAAAGCUGCAGGAUGAUGAUAUGAAAAAGCUGGCUGAUCAGCGCAUGAAAGAGAAGAUGGAGGACAAGAUGGCACGGCAAAGGGUCAAAGACAAGAUUGCACGAGACAGAGAGGAGCGAGCACAGAAGUUUGGAGGCAUUACACUCCCGAGCACGGCAUCAUCGUCCCAACCUGCCCAGCCCAGCCCCUCGUCACCCACCAGUCACGGCCCGCCACCCACCAAGAAGGAGUACGAUGAGUCCAGGAUACAGGUACGUCUGCUGGACGGCUCGACCCUCACGGCGGUCUUCAAGGCCCAGGAGCCGCUGGCGGCGGUGCGCGUCUAUGUGCAGGUGAACGGCAACACGCCCGAGGGUCAAGACUUCACGCUGCUGUCGCCCUACCCGCGUCAUGUCUACACCGAACUGGACAUGGAGAAGCCCCUCAAAGAACUGGGUUUGGUGCCUUCAGCUGUGCUGGUUGUUGCCAAAAAGUAAGAUGGGGAGGAUCCGCUCCACGAGCCUACCUCACCACUUCCCCUGCAUCGACACAAGGAACAGAUAGAACCAGGAACAGAGCCAACACCUCUCGAGUAUCACUGAACUAAUGCAGAGAGAGAUAUGUAGCUGGAGACAAAGUUAUAAUGGUUUCUAUCUGCUCUUAUGACGUUUUCAGCCAUAAGCAGUACAGCUAAUUCAAUGAAUGAAUGACGCCCUUUGCCAUUCUGUUCUCGAUUUUUUUUUUGUGUGCAGUGAGAUGGAAAGUGACUUUUACUUAAGAACAAGGUGAAGAUAGCUGGCUUCUGAUGGAUACUGCUUCAGAAUUGUUUUAAUUUUAACCUAAUCUUUAUAAAGCAAAGUAUCACACCAGACCUACUGAUGAAAGGGUCUUAAAUUAAAUCCACACGAUCUUCUUGAUUUUGUGAAAUUCUACUUUGCCAGUUUUUUUAUAAGUUCAAAUAUAUUGACAGUUAUGUCUACAUCAUCACCAAGAAUCUACUUAAAAUAAAGCUGACUCUGAAAAUUG